GGUGUCUGUCCGUGUCCAGCUGUGUGUAUCUGUGCAGAUGCGCGAUUCUCUGUGUGUGUAUGGUGAGUGUGUGCGAGUCUCCCACUCCUUUCCAAUGAGGGGGUGUUGUGGGGGGAAUCCCUGGGAAGUGAGCCUGUGUGAGCGUGUCCGCGUCUGCCUGUAGGGGAGAAAGGGAGACAGGUAGCCAGGCGGGCUGUCUCUGAGGUGACCCUAGACAAAAAGCCAGGAGACCCUGGAGGGAAGGUAGGGGGAGGGCAGGGAGGACAGAAGGAGAGGCUCCAGCCAGCAGCCAGAUAGACCAGAGGAGGAGGACGAGGAGGAGGAGGAAAACCUCCGACAGCCAGCGGGGGAGGGAGGAGCACCCCAGGCAGGUGAGACGGGAUCCCCAUGGGGCGGAGGGCCUGCCACUUGCCGCGGCAUCGAAGGCAGCAUCGUGGGCCCAACUUUCAAUGCAACAUGUGUGGCCUGCCGAGCCUGGCCCCCACCUGAAGCCCUGGGGGACCGAUGGCACUGAACCCCUCACCUGCUGUGUCCUUCUAGAGCCUGAGUCUGGGCCCCUGUCCCAGCCAUCGUCAUUCCCCUCCCCCACGACACAACAGGGUCAUGAAAAGAGGCUGCCCAGCAGGGCCCCCAGGAAAUGCGUGGCCCCCUCGGCCCCCACGGCCCUCCAGGCCCAGCUAACAUGCUCUUGCUCCUGGCUUUGGCUUGUGCCAGCCCCUUCCCCGAGGUGGCUCCCCCGCUGAGCAGUGGCAGCAUCGGGGAGCCGGGCACUGGGCGGCCCCUCAAUGUGGCGCUGGUGUUCUCGGGGCCAGCUUAUGCGGGGGAGGCAGCCCGCCUGGGCCCCACUGUGGCUGCCGCUGUCCGCAGUCCAGGCCUGGAGGUGCGCCCCGUGGCCUUGGUCCUCAAUGGCACUGACCCGCGCAGCCUCAUGCUUCAGCUGUGUGACCUGCUCUCCGGCCUUCGUGUCCACGGCGUCGUCUUUGAGGACGAUUCCCGUGCGCCAGCAGUCGCCCCUAUCCUGGACUUCCUUUCUGCUCAGACUGCCCUGCCCAUUGUGGCCGUUCACGGUGGCGCAGCUCUCGUCCUCACACCCAAGGAGAAGGGCUCUACCUUCCUCCAGCUGGGUUCCUCCACAGAGCAGCAGCUGCAGGUGAUCUUUGAGGUGCUGGAGGAAUAUGACUGGACAUCCUUUGUGGCAGUAACCACAGCGGCCCCUGGCCACCGCGCCUUCCUGGCUUAUAUCGAGGCGCUGACCGACGGGAGCCUGGUGGGCUGGGAGCACCGGGGGGCUCUGACCCUGGACCCCGGGGCUGGUGAGGAGGUGCUUGGCGCCCGCCUACGCAGUCUCAGUGCCCAGAUACGCCUGCUUUUCUGUGCCCGGGAGGAGGCAGAGCCACUGUUUCGGGCGGCAGCCACCGCUGGCCUGACGGGCCCUGGCUAUGUGUGGUUCAUGGUGGGACCCCAGCUGGCAGGGGGUGGUGGAGGGGGCGGGCCUGGGGAGCCGCCUCUCCUGCCAGGGGGCGCCCAGUUACCCGCGGGGCUCUUUGCGGUCCGGUCAGCUGGCUGGCGGGACGACUUGGCAAAGAGAGUGGCAGCCGGCGUGGCGGUGGUCGCCCGGGGAGCCCAGGCCCUGCUUCGUGACUAUGGGUUCCUGCCUGAGCUGGGUCAGGACUGUCGAGCUCAGAACCGUAGCCAGCGGGGAGAGAGCCUGCACCGGUACUUCAUGAAUAUCUCCUGGGACAAUCGGGAUUAUUCCUUCAACGAGGACGGCUUCCUGGUGAAUCCCUCCCUUGUGGUCAUCUCUCUCACUAAGGACCGGACGUGGGAGGUGGUGGGGACCUGGGAGCAACAGUCGCUUCGGCUUAAGUACCCUCUGUGGUCUCGCUACGGCCGCUUCCUGCAGCCCGUGGACGACACCCAGCACCUCAUGGUGGCCACCCUGGAAGAGCGGCCCUUUGUGAUCGUAGAGCCGGCCGACCCCCUCAGUGGCACCUGCAUCCGGGACUCUGUGCCCUGCCGUAGCCAGCUCAACCUCACGCACAGCCCCCCACCAGAUGCCCCCCGGCCAGAAAAACGCUGCUGUAAAGGCUUCUGUAUCGACAUCCUUAAGCGCCUGGCCCAGACCAUCGGCUUCAGCUAUGACCUCUACCUCGUCACCAAUGGCAAACAUGGGAAGAAAAUCGAUGGCGUCUGGAACGGCAUGAUUGGGGAGGUUUUCUACCAGCGGGCAGACAUGGCCAUCGGCUCCCUCACCAUCAACGAGGAGAGAUCAGAAAUAGUAGACUUCUCCGUACCCUUUGUGGAGACAGGCAUCAGCGUGAUGGUGGCCAGGAGCAAUGGGACGGUGUCACCAUCCGCCUUUUUGGAGCCCUAUAGUCCGGCCGUUUGGGUCAUGAUGUUUGUCAUGUGUCUGACCGUGGUGGCCGUCACUGUCUUCAUCUUUGAGUACCUCAGUCCUGUGGGUUACAACCGCAGCCUGGCCACUGGCAAGCGCCCUGGCGGCUCCACCUUCACCAUUGGCAAAUCCAUCUGGCUGCUCUGGGCCUUGGUCUUCAACAACUCCGUGCCUGUGGAGAACCCCCGCGGGACCACCAGCAAGAUCAUGGUCCUGGUCUGGGCCUUCUUUGCCGUCAUCUUCCUGGCCAGCUACACCGCCAACCUGGCAGCUUUCAUGAUCCAAGAGGAGUACGUGGACACCGUGUCCGGGCUCAGCGACCGCAAGUUCCAGCGGCCCCAAGAGCAAUACCCACCCCUGAGGUUCGGGACCGUGCCCAACGGGUCCACGGAGAAGAACAUUCGCAGCAACUACGAGGCCAUGUACAGCUACAUGGUGCGCUACAACCAGCCCCGUGUGGAGGAGGCGCUGAUCCAGCUGAAGGCCGGGAAGCUGGACGCCUUCAUCUACGAUGCUGCGGUUCUCAACUACAUGGCCCGCAAGGACGAGGGCUGCAAACUGGUGACCAUUGGCUCGGGCAAGGUCUUCGCCACCACGGGCUAUGGCAUUGCCCUGCAGAAGGGCUCCCGCUGGAAGCGGCCCAUCGAUUUGGCUCUGCUACAGUUCUUGGGGGAUGAUGAGAUCGAGAUGCUGGAGCGCCUGUGGCUGUCCGGGAUCUGCCACAAUGACAAGAUCGAGGUCAUGAGUAGCAAGCUGGACAUUGACAACAUGGCUGGGGUCUUCUACAUGCUGCUCGUGGCCAUGGGCCUCUCCCUGCUGGUCUUUGCUUGGGAGCACCUGGUCUACUGGAGGCUGCGUCACUGCCUGGGCCCCACGCACCACCUCGACUUCCUGCUGGCCUUCUCCAGGGGCAUGUACAGCUGUUGUAGUGCCGAAGCUGCCCCUCCGGCUGCCAAGCCCCUGCCCCCUCAGCCCCUGCCCCUGCCCAGCCCCGCCUACCCAGCUCCCCGUCCGGCCCUGGCACCCACAGUCUCCGGCCCCUUCCCGCCCCGGGAGCGGGUGGCGGUGGACCGUUGGCGCCGGCCCAAGCCAUCCGCGGGGCCCGGGGCUGGGCCCGUCCCAGUACCUGUCACCCCUGAGGCCUCAGGCCCCCCUCGUGCCCCCCUCCCAGGAGCCGUGGCCGACAGCUUCCACCGCUACUAUGGGCCCAUUGAGCCGCAGGGCCUGGGGGAGCCCCGGGCACCUCGCUCGGCCCGGCCCAUGUCCCCGCCUCCUCCGCCCCAGAAGCCCCCUCCUUCCUACUUUGCCAUUGUGAGAGAGAAGGAGGCUUCGGGCCCUAGUGAACCAGCCCCUGCCCCUUAUGCUGGAUACCCCUCCCCACCUGCUCCACCUGCCGCCCCGCUCUGUCACCUGGCUUAUGAGGAUGAGAGCCCCCCGGCCCCGACCCGCUGGCCCCGCUCGGACCCCGAGAGCCAGCCCCUGCUUCGGGGAGCCGUGGCGGGGGGGAGCUCCGCGGCUCCUCCUCCGCCACCUUGCCGAGCACCGCCCCCACCCUGUCCCUACCUGGACCUUGAAUUGUCCGACUCCGACGACUCGGAGAGCUUGGGGGCCGGCUCAGGAGCUGGCCUAGAGCCCUGGUGGGUCCCCGAUUUCUAUCCAUAUGCCGACCGCUUGGGUCGCUACUGGUCUGUCGACAAGCUGGGGGGCUGGCGGGCGGGCAGCUGGGACUACCUGCCCCCUCGCCCUGGCCCAGCAGCCUGGCAUUGUCGCCACUGUGCCAGCCUGGAGCUGCUCCCCCCCCCACGCCACCUCAGCUGCUCCCACGACGGUCUGGAUGGAGGCUGGUGGGCCCCGCCUCACCCCCCUCCCCCUCCAUGGGCUGCCGGGCCCCACCGACGACGCACCCGCUGCCGCUGCCCCCGAGGCCACCGGGCUCCUGGCCGUAGAUCUGGCCAAGCCCCCCACCGGCGGCGCCACGUGGGGGCGUGGGACCUCCCACCACCUGCACCUACUUCCCGUUCCCUGGAGGACCUGAGCUCUUGUCCCCGGGUGGCCCCGGUUCACAGCCGCCACUCUCGCCGGUGCCCUCACGCUACCCACUGGGGCCCCAUGCCCCGGAGACACCGUGGGGGGGACCUGGGCACCCGCCGUGGCUCUGCCCACUUCUCCAGCCUCGAAUCUGAGGUAUGACCGACCCUGUCCCCAACUCCCCUGGCCUGGCAUGGAGAAGACACUCCCAGGGCAGAAGGCCUGUGGAUGGAUGCAGCUCAAAGGCCCCGGGGCCAAGGACCACAGAUCAGCCGCAAAACCAUGGAGCACGACCUGGCCGUGGACUGGAAGCUGAUGAGACAGAGCCAGGGGGGGCUGCGAUGGGGGUCCCUGAGCCCCGCGGGCUUUUUUAACCUGACAAGGGCUUUUUAAUGAUAUGGGAAGGGGGGGGUCUGGCUGAGCACACACCCCUCCCCUCUGCCCCAGCCCCAUCUUGUGGGGCUCCUGCACCAUCACUGUGCUGCUCCCCGUGCCCCAGAUACCACCAGGGACCACCCCCCAGGGGAGAGGGGGCUGUUUUUAACCUUCAUCAUUGGGACACAAAACUGUGAGAGCCACUCGCUAAACUGUGACCCCCCCCAACCCUGAGACUCUGACCCCAAGACUGUGACCCCUGACCCUGAGACUGUGACCCCUGACCCCAGACUGUGAGCCUGACCCCUUAUCCCUCGCCUCUAACUCCUGAGACUGUUAACCCUGAGCCCAAGACCGUCCCCAGCCCCAACCUCCACCAGACACCUUGGGGUCUCCCCGAACUGAACUCUGAUCCUCCCUCUUCUUUGACUCCUAAUCCUACACUGCCCCAGGCUUCCCUUCACUGUGCUCCUGGACAUCCUCCCAGACCACAUGUCCCCUCCCCCACUCACUAACUGACCUCCAAUGUCCAACCUCAGAACCUGGCCUGGGCCCCAGAAGCCCAUCCAGCCCCACCCUGCAGCAGGGGAGGGACCUGGGGAGUGGGGAGUCAGGUGUCCAACCCAAUGGAAUAAACCAAGUUUUUAUGCCUCCUCA